AUGGCAUCGUCAGAAAAAGAGCAUCCUGCUCUUGGCCUCCUCACCCGCGCCCACGAUCCCUCCAUCAGCUCCCAGAUCUUCCGCGAAAAGGUCCAAAAUCGUCCUCUUCUCCUCCGACCAUCCUCCCCCGACCCUCGCGAAGAUGCCCGUAGCAAGCGCCAAAAAGCCCGUCUUGAAAAGGCAAAAGCCAACCGUAAAUCGAAAAAGCCUCGUCCUUUGACCGCAAAACAAAAGAGAGAGCUGGGUGUCUAUGAUAUUCCGAAAGAGCAGCAAAAGUACGACAUCUAUGUGCCUAUCUGGAAGCUGUGGUGUGCAUAUAUGCGCGAGAUACUGGGGAUGGAGAAGUCGCGAUAUGUGAAUGCUGCUGGUGUUGGGCCUUUGCUUGCUAGUGCGGAUUACCACGGUGCUAUGGUUGAUGUCGUCAGAUGUCGCUGUGUGGGAAGAGUUGGGAUCAGAGGAAUUGUCGUCAAAGAUACAAAGUUUACUCUGGAGAUCAUCACUCUUAAGAAUGAGCUCAAGACUGUUCCUAAGGAAUAUACCGUCUUCAGAUUCGAAGUCCCCUUUGUCGAGGAAGAUAACGACGGCGACAGCCAGAUGACUGAACCGCAGAAGCCUUUCAUCUUCGAACUCCAUGGAUCGCAAUUCCAGAACAGAGCUGCCGAUCGUGCAGCCAGAAAGUUCAAGCAACAUAUCGAUCCCGACCUGUGA